GGUCCAACCCAACAGGAGGAGUGAAGGCGACAGACAGGCGACCCCUCUGACAACAUUUGGACAAUAUUUAACUGUGUCGGACCACCCAGAGACAGUUUGGACACUUUCACUCUCACCAUGACACUAUUAAGUAUCGGCCGGUCUCACGGUGAAUGCGUUUUAACGGUCCGCGAGCGGAAGUGAGAGAAGAGGACGCAUUGAAGGGAUAAAGGAAAAAUAAACCUUCAUAAAGUGGGUUACUUCUGUCAACUUCAGGUCAAAACCGCGUCUUUAGUGAGGAACCGACUGUCCAGGGACCGGGGGAAUGGACACCCACGUAAAGGAGGGACAACUUUAUGUGCAGCAUCAGAAGUUUGGAAAGAAAUGGAAGAAGAACUGGUUUGUCCUUUACCCGGCCAGUCAAAAUGGCAUCGCCCGCCUUGAGUUUUAUGACUCGCCCUCAGGAGGAGGCGGUGGGUCUGGUGGAGGCUCCAGCAGUGGGACCAAUGAGAAAACCCGCAAACUGGACAAGAAGAUCAUCCGCUUGUCUGAAUGUAUUUCUAUCCUGCCAUCGCUGACGGAGACCUGCCCCAAAGACAACAUGGCUGCAUUUUGUGUGGAAACCAAUGAUAAGACUCAUGUGUUUGCUGCAGAGAAGAAUGCCGCAAAAGAAUGGAUGGAUACCAUGUGUGACAUCGCAUUUCAGGGUGGAAGUGGCAGUGACUCAAAUGGAGGACCUCAGGACAUGCAGAUGUCUGAAAACCUCAUCUACUACUCCAGAGAGGAGGUGAAUGAGUUCUGGGUGUGCAUCCAGCGUACUGAAGCAUCAGAGCGCUGUGGGCUGGCCGGUAAUUACUGGCUCAAGGCUGAGAAUGACGCCUUAAUUUUAAAGGAGCCAAAGACCAAAAGGAACAUCCAGGUGUGGCCUUACAAGCUGCUGAGGAGAUAUGGUCGAGACCGGGUGAUGUUUUCAUUCGAGGCGGGCCGGCGCUGUGACUCAGGCCCUGGUAACUUCACCUUUGAGACCAAACAAGGUAAUGAGAUCUUCAUGUUGGUGGACCAGGCCAUUCAGUCACAGAAGGCCCUGGCUGAGGAACGCCGCCUCAGCUACCCCAUUAACAACGACCCAGACUGCCCAGCGUCACUGCAGUAUAUUCGAAAUGCUAUUACCAGUGGCAUGGCAGCAGGGAGCGGUGACAGCAGCAGCUGCAGCAGCCGAGAAGCAGACGGAGAUUCUGGAGGCAGCAAACCGGGCUCUGCUGAUGGUGUACUGGGGAAGAGGGAAGGGGGAGAUGGAGGAGGAGGAGGAGGAGGAGGAGGAGGUGGAAGAGGGCAAGGAGGUGGUGGAGCAGGGGGACUUAAAGGGAGAAGUUUACCAGAGCCACCGGCCAUGUUGGGGGUUUUGGGGGGAGCAGGAACUCCCCCACGGUCCCCCAGAAGUCAAGGAGCAGGAAAAGGUCUGGGUCCUUCCUCAGGAGAUGAACAGACAGGUCUUUAUUCUGAGCCUGCUGACUCAGUCCGCCUGCCUCUGCAGACCACUGACUGCCUCUACUCUGACCCUGUGGACAGCAUCAAAGGUCAGAACCCGACCACCAGCAACCAGGCCAACCCACCAGUGCCCACCCCACGCCUCCGACCAGUGGGAGAUGAAACCUCAGGUGGUGAUCUUCAACAAGGAGGCAACAACAGGAAGCCCCCAGAUUUGUAUUCGCACGUGUAUGACCACAUCAGCCUAGAGCUGCACCAGAAAACCUUUGCACUGAGUCUGAAUGGAGCUGGGACAGGAGGAAGAGGAGGAGGAAGAGGGGUGAAUAAUAACAAGAGACCCCCAGGAGGUCAAGCAGAGGGGGCUUUGUCUCCUCCUUCUCAUCCGCUAGAGCACAUAUAUGAUGAACCUGAGGGCUGCGCCAAAGGAAGUAAGACCAUCUAUGAGGAAGCCCACAGCCAGAGGAGACAGGAUGAGGUGGUGGCCCCUUCAGGCUUGGAGGGGAACUACUCCACCCCCUCCCAUGGAAAACCUUUGGAGUCACACAAACACUGUCCUCCACAGCUCAGCACGGGUCGUGGAAUGCCUCAGCUUCCGGUGCCGCGAUGGCCCAAACCUACCACUGCCCCAAAGCCAGGCAAGGGCGGCGUUUUCACCCGGAAAGAGCCUGUCCCAUUGCCCCCUGGGAAACAUGGAGGUAGUAAUGUGAACAAUAACAACAACAUUUGGGUUGGCGGCGGAGGAGGACGGGGACUAGUGGGAGUGGGAGGGGGGAGGGAGCUGUACAGCAAAGUGUCAAAACAGAAGCCUGCAAAUUUGUGGUACAGCCAACAACAGCAGGCGCCGCUGAGAUCACCAGACAUCAUCUAUGACAAUUUGGGGGACAUUUGACAUGCCUGUUUUUUAAGUGGACUGAAACGCUGCUGCAGUGUGUGUGUACCCCUAUUCGAAAAGAGGAACCAAGGCAGAGAAAAAAUGACCAAAACUCCAUGCUUUGGUCAAUUCUCUUUUUUGACUGAGCACAUUUUUCAUUUCUGAUUUCCUCCAUUUGUGGACUGGAAUAAUUGUUUAAGACAGUAGGAUUAGCUCACAACCAUGAGAGGACCGCACCACCACUCAGACGCCUUCGUUUUAAGACAUGGAGCGCGACUAUUGGAGGGUAGGCAUGGGCCAUCCUCCAUAUGUGUGUGUUUGCGAGGGAGAGAGUGAGUGUUUGCAUGGUCAAACCCAUAAUUGGUGAUGCAAGCCACAGUGUGGUUGGAGCCAGCCACUUCACUUGAACACAGAAACCAUGUGGAUUUGCCAAACGCAGCUUGGCCUACAGGCUUCUCUUUAACAAGCUUGGAGGGCGGCUUGGCUCUCCUUUUUGAAACUAUCUUGCCAUGCUUAUGAAGUGAGUGAGAAACAUGUUUUUGCACUGCUACUUUUCAGUUUCUCCACAAUAUGUGACAGCAAGGAAUUUUUGUUUGACAUGUUGGAGUAUUUUUGAGGUGAGUUCACUGCAGAAGCAAAAAGAACAGUUUCUGCUUGUGUUUUGGACUGAUUAUCCACACAAAGAGGAGGAGGAGGAUUUACAACAUUUCAGCCCAGAACACUAAUAUGAGACUGAUAUGGUCUCAUGUGAUGGAAGAACAUUGUUGCUACUGUUUUGGAGAAAGCUUGAAAAGUAGGACUUUAAGACCCCAUUUGGGUCUUGGAUACAGACAUAUAUGGGUCACGUGGUCCUCAUGAACCUUAAAUUAUAGGGGCUGGUUGCUGCACAAAGUGUCAGUUUUACAAGAUAAUAUUAUUUUUACCCUUUAUGUUUUUUUUAAUAUGAAACUAAUCAAUCCUUUGCAAUGUGUAUAUGCAUGUCCAUGUGUCAGAUACAGCUGUGCUGUCUGUAAAUCAAACUAAUUAUAAUAAAAGUGGCUGCAAAACCUUCAACUA